AUGCACUCACAUCACCAUCACCACAGCGAGGACAAUUCCAUACCUGUGUCGAUCUCUCUACCAGCAGUAGACCCACUGGCUAGCAGUUAUUCAGUGGAAGUUCUGUUAUUCAACACGAGCAGUGGUGAAUAUCAGAGUGUGUCGAGAGAGGAUAAUUUGAGAUUUGGUGAUUUCCCGCACGUCGUACCAUCUGGUGUUGUCAGUGGUUCUCAGUAUGUAACAAUUGUCACAGGUAAUCUAGCAGAUGGAAGUCAACGUUCCAUCCAGUUUGUCUCUUUGACUGCUGAGCCAAUCGGAGUGCAACGUGAUUUAUUGAUGUGGCCAAGUGAUGGUGGUGUGUCCAUUAUGGAUGUUGACCUUGGUAGAAGUCAUGUUAGUAUUACGUUGCCAGAACUGAGUGAGUCUCAGAGAAGUGACUAUUCCGAUUUUGAAGUGGAGUAUCAAAGGAUUGGAGACAGUAGUUGGAUAUCUGCUGGCAGUGUGUCAACAUCAGAGAAGACAUUUGUUCUGUCGGAGAAUCUUGAUGCUGGUAACUAUGUAGUACGAGUUCGUGGAACAGACGGCAGCACUGUUCAUUCAGAGCAUACUCCUCAUCUUCAAUUCUUCACCACCGGCAAAGUACCUGUGUCGAUCUCUCUACCAGCAGUAGACCCACUGGCUAUCAGUUAUUCUGUAGAAGUUCUGCUAUUCAACACGAGCACUGGUGAAUAUCAGAGUGUGUCGAGAGAGGAUAAUUUGAGAGUUGGUGAUUUCCCGCACGGCGUACCAUCUGGUGUUGUCAGUGGUUCUCAGUAUGUAACAAUUGUCACAAGUAAUCUAGCAGAUGGAAGUCAACGUUCCAUCCAGUUUGUCUCUUUGACUGCUGAGCCAAUCGGAGUGCAACGUGAUUUAUUGAUGUGGCCAAGUGAUGGUGGUGUGUCCAUUAUGGAUGUUGACCUUGGUAGAAGUCAUGUUAGCAUUACAUUGCCAGAACUGAGUGAGUCUCAGAGAAGUGACUAUUCCGAUUUUGAAGUGGAGUAUCAAAGGAUUGGAGACAGUAGUUGGAUAUCUGCUGGCAGUGUGUCAACAUCAGAGAAGACAUUUGUUCUGUCGGAGAAUCUUGAUGCUGGUAACUAUGUAGUACGAGUUCGUGGAACAGACGGCAGCACUGUUCAUUCAGAGCAUACUCCUCAUCUUCAAUUCUUCACCACCGGCAAAGUACCUGUGUCGAUCUCUCUACCAGCAGUAGACCCACUGGCUAUCAGUUAUUCUGUAGAAGUUCUGCUAUUCAACACGAGCACUGGUGAAUAUCAGAGUGUGUCGAGAGAGGAUAAUUUGAGAGUUGGUGAUUUCCCGCACGGCGUACCAUCUGGUGUUGUCAGUGGUUCUCAGUAUGUAACAAUUGUCACAAGUAAUCUAGCAGAUGGAAGUCAACGUUCCAUCCAGUUUGUCUCUUUGACUGCUGAGCCAAUCGGAGUGCAACGUGAUUUAUUGAUGUGGCCAAGUGAUGGUGGUGUGUCCAUUAUGGAUGUUGACCUUGGUAGAAGUCAUGUUAGCAUUACAUUGCCAGAACUGAGUGAGUCUCAGAGAAGUGACUAUUCCGAUUUUGAAGUGGAGUAUCGAAGGAUUGGAGACAGUAGUUGGAUAUCUGCUGGCAGUGUGUCAACAUCAGAGAAGACAUUUGUUCUGUCGGAGAAUCUUGAAGCCGGUAACUAUGAAGUACGAGUUCGUGCAACAGACGGCAGCACUGUUCAUUCAGAGCAUACUCCUCAUCUUCAAUUCUUCACCACCGGCAAAAUACCUGUGUCAAUCUCUCUACCAUCAGUAGACCCACUGGCUAUCAGUUAUUCAGUAGAAGUUCUGUUGUUCAACACGAGCAGUGGUAAAUAUCAGAGUGUAUCGAGAGAGGAUAAUUUGAGAGUUGGUGAUUUCCCGCACGGCGUACCAUCUGGUGUUGUCAGUGGUUCUCAGUAUGUAACAAUAGUCACAAGUAAUCUAGCAGAUGGAAGUCAACGUUCCAUCCAGUUUGUCUCUUUGAUUGCUGAGCCAAUCGGAGUGCAACGUGAUUUAUUGAUGUGGCCAAGUGAUGGUGGUGUGUCCAUUAUGGAUGUUGACCUUGGUAGAAGUCAUGUUAGCAUUACAUUGCCAGAACUGAGUGAGUCUCAGAGAAGUGACUAUUCCGAUUUUGAAGUGGAGUAUCGAAGGAUUGGAGACAGUAGUUGGAUAUCUGCUGGCAGUGUGUCAACAUCAGAGAAGACAUUUGUUCUGUCGGAGAAUCUUGAAGCUGGUAACUAUGAAGUACGAAUUCGUGCAACAGACGGCAGCACUGUUCAUUCAGAGCAUACUCCUCAUCUUCAAUUCUUCACCACCGGCAAAAGUUAG